GUUUAUUCAGCCUUAUUGUUUAGAGUUGGCUGUCAUGGUAAUGCUAGCUAGCGGGCUACUUUCUAAAAGAAUCAUUAGAUUAUGUAAAAUGCAUUAUCGAGUUUACAAAUGUACCUAAUCUGUUUGUGUGAUUGUAUUCAUAUUUUAGCGCCCUGCCUAUGUGUAUUUCGUCACUUGGGCUAGGUAACACUGUAAGCUAGCUAGGCGAGCUAACGUUUGGUAGUGAGUGUCAGCUUCGUGCGAUCCCUUUCGUUUACUUAGGGAGGGUUGCUGUGUAUUUCAUGGUCUGCAAAUACACUCAUCCGGAUAUUUGAAUAACAAUGUGUUGUGAAAGAUGAACGGUCUGCCUAUCAGUGAGCUAUGCUGCCUGUUCUGCUGUCCCCCGUGCCCCAGUCGCAUUGCUGCCAAACUGGCUUUUCUGCCUCCUGAGCCGACGUACGCUCUUCUCCCGGACCUGGAGGCCGGGUCGGUGGCCAGCGGAGUGAGCGCGUCAGGCCUUCGAUCCCGCGGCGGUGGAGGAGGAGCGGCGGGCGGGGGCGGCGGUACCAGCGGCGAGAGCCGAUGGAAGCUCCACCUGACGGAACGCGCCGAGUUCCAGUACUCCCAGAGAGAGCUGGAGGGCUCCGAGGUCUUCCUUACGCGCUCCAGCCGUGGAAACCGAGUCGCCUGCAUGUACAUCCGCUGUGCUCCCGCUGCCAGGUACACUGUGCUGUUCUCUCACGGUAACGCGGUGGACCUGGGUCAGAUGAGCAGCUUCUACAUCGGCCUGGGCACGCGCAUCAACUGCAACAUCUUCUCCUACGACUACUCGGGCUACGGGGUCAGCACGGGCAAGCCGUCCGAGAAGAACCUGUACGCCGACAUCGACGCUGCGUGGCAGGCGCUGCGCACACGGUACGGCAUCAGCCCGGAGAACAUCAUCCUGUACGGGCAGAGCAUCGGCACCGUGCCCACGGUGGACCUGGCGUCGCGGUACGAGUGCGCCGCCGUGGUGCUGCACUCCCCGCUCACCUCCGGCAUGAGGGUGGCCUUCCCCGACACCAAGAAGACCUACUGCUUCGACGCCUUUCCCAACAUUGAGAAGGUCUCCAAGAUCACGUCGCCCGUGCUGAUCAUCCACGGGACGGAGGACGAGGUGAUCGAUUUCUCUCACGGACUGGCCCUGUUCGAGCGCUGCCCCAAGGCCGUGGAGCCCCUGUGGGUGGAGGGGGCGGGGCACAACGACAUCGAACUGUACAGCCAAUACCUGGAGCGUCUGCGACGCUUCAUUGGCCAGGAGCUGACCGCGCAGCACGCCUGAGCUCCGCCUCCGUCUGUCCGCUCGUCUCACUCGCUUCGUCUUUCUCCUUAUCUUUCGUUUUCUCUCCCUCCCUCCCUCCCUCCCUCCCUCCCUCCUCCCCUCAUUCGUCUGUCCGCCCGCGUUGGCGUGAGGAUGGAGAAACGCGCGCUGGGUCUCUCUCUCCAGCCUGAGGCACCCCUCGUCUGUCCAGCCAUUGUGUGUGUGCGCGUGUGUGUGUGUGUGAGCGUAUGUGUGUGCGUGCGCAUGCGUGUCCCAGACACAUCAACCGCCUGCCAAGCCUGGAAAACCUCUGGUGUUACAGAGAAACCCUUCCCCCCUCUCCCCCUGUUCUGUCCCCUCUUGAGUUCCAAUGAGUUUUCACCUCUUUGGGAGCUUCACUAAAGAAGUCCAGCUGCCCGUAUUUGCUCUUUGCAUUUUCACACACAAAAAAAAUUACUUUUUUUCUUUUUCUUUUGUUAUUAUUUCUUAAACGAGGAACAAGACUGACACCUACAUACAUCAUCUCCCUCCCCUCUCUCUGUUUUUGCCUGCCCCCCCCCCCUCAGAUGGAGAGGGCAUUGUAAACCAUGGCUACCUGCUUGGCCAGAUGACCAUGAGCCUCACCCCGCCCCCACCCCACCCCCACCAAACCCCCCCCUCACAGGGGGCCGUUUCAGGCCAGUUUGAGCCAGACGCAAAAGUGGAUUUUGUUUUUUUCGCUCGGACCCUGAUGUUUAAAACCACUACUCCAGACUGCCCUGUACAGUGCGGACACUACGUUUGCCCCAGCCGCCAUUGUGACUGCGCAUUCCCGCCAUUCCGAGCGGCCAAUCGGAAACAGGGAGCUCAGAGGGUAGAGUAACCCGAUUGGUGCUGUUGAUCAGCUGACGAUAAUGAGCUCACCCGUCGUUGUGUGGAAAGAGAACACAAACAUUUAAACUAUCAUGAGUUCUGGUUAAUGUUUUGAGUUGUUUUCCUAAACAAGAGAGGAAGUCACUGUGUGUGUGCGUGUGGGUGUGUGUGUGUGUGUGUGUGCGCGCGUGUGUGUUUAUGUAUACAUAUACAUAUGCACAUAUUUUGACCUAAUGUCAGUUACAUCAAUUGUAGGUAGUGCCAAGAUAUUUUGUUUAAAACAUCUGUUGUUGAACCAAGAAACAUGGUGAUUUUACGAAAAAGGGUGUCAUUGCUGAAUGAACCAUUUAAAGGUGUCAUUGCUGAAUGAACCAUUUAAAGGUGUAAACAGUCUUUUUUUUCAGUCUACAGGAAUGUCUGAACUCCCCUAAUGUAACAAGUGUUUGGGAGAAUUAACUUUUUUUUUAUUUUUAAAGAUUAUUAUUUCAUUUUAUGUUUCUGCAAAAGUGUCUGCUUUUUUCAUUAUAUCUCUUUAAUAGGUAUCUAUAUCCUGGAAAAAAAAAAAUAACUUAAAGCAAUCAAAAAAAAAAAAAAAGAAAAAAAAAAUAUUUUUUAUAAUAUUUCGAAUGAUCGGUUUGAGGAGAACGCUGCGUGCACAGGCCACACAGCCAGUGAGGUGAUGUCAUUCAGCAGGGUGAUGGUUAUCGCCGGGCCCCAGAGGGGGCCAUGGCUCUACCCGGCCCUGUGCUCUGGAAUAAGAAGCAGCUGCGCUCUUUUAGCUUUUAAUAGAGAUGAUUUUGACACCAGGCGUGUCUCCACUGUGCUGCGCUGUGAUUGGCUCUCGUUAGCGAGCGAAGCUAGCCACAAUUCACGUACAACUGAGGGAAGUCGUUUUUUGUUUGGUAGACGUGUAGCAUUUAAGUUUAAAUUGGCAGAGACGAGGUUUAGUUAUCAAAUUUAAUGGGGUGAUGCGGAGAGACGUCGAUCGGUGUUUUAACACUUUUUUUUAAACGUCUUGUAAAUUCAAAAAUUUAAAUAGACAUAAUUUUCUCACAUCUGUCCAUCUGCUGACUGUCCUGCCUGAUACGUUACAUGCAGUUUCUGUGGUAUGAUUAAACUGCAGGACUUAAACCACGCAUUCGCAUGUAGAUACCUGGGCCAGGUGGACAGGUGGGCACUGUUAGCUGGCCUCUCUCACUGCUACGUACCCAUUCAUAUUCAGCUCUCUCCUCCCGCACACUCAUUCCCCAAAGCCGGCAGAAAUUCCUCACAGUCGCUCGUUUAUGCUUCAACGUUUACUCUUUCAAAGUUCUUUAAAAUAACCAA